AAUGGAAAUAAACCCAUGUAUGUUGUGGUGGCCCCGAAUGUGUUGCGGCCAAACACUGAUUACCACAUUAGUGUCUCGCUGUAUGACAUCCCGGCGCCCAUCGAAGUGAACGCCACUGUUAUCGGUCCGGCACACAGUGUCAGCACCGGUGCCGUAGCUGUGGGUACGCCUGAGUCCAAAGUGCUAACCCUAGCGAUCGGCGAUUGGCCAGAAGGCAACUAUACGGUGCGGGUGGAGGGAAAGGGUGUUAAUUUCACCAAGUACGAUGAGACUGUUGCCAUAACAAGGGAUGGAUUUUUAAAUGAAUUGUCACUUAAGUAUGUGGCAAAAAGUGUGUCGAUAUUUAUACAGACCGACAAAGCCACGUAUAAACCCGGACAGAAAGUGCAGUUCAGGGCUGUUGUGGUCAACCCAUCGCUGGUUCCUAAAGACAAUGUGUCUAUUGAUAUACAUAUUGAGAACGGUAACGGAAAGCGUAUCAUUGAAUGGACAAAAUUAUAUGCGAAAAACGGUGUCAUCUCUCAAGAGCUGCAACUGUCGGCACAGCCAGUGUUGGGCCACUGGACUAUAGGUGUGACGGCGUUCAGACACAACACCACUAAGACAUUCACUGUUGUCGCCGACGAGGAUGUGUUGCCCACGUUUGACGUGGAGGUAGUGUUGCCAUCGUAUGUGACAACACAUCUGUCCUCAGAAGUGGUGGCAACUGUUAAAGCAAUUGAUACCAAUGGGAAGGCUGUUAAAGGAGACCUCACUUAUAGCGUUCAGGCCAAAGAUUUAGAGUACAUCCAGAGAAUAGGUACAUAUCGGAUAAAGACUACGAUCGACGGAAGCGCUACUUUGACCGUCAAUUUAAUAGAGGAUUUAGCACUCGAUGAGGCAAUAAAGGACUUGACGCCACACAAUAAACACUUAGUACACAAUGGGAUUGAAUUUAAAUUCACGGCACAAGUGAGGGAAACGUUGACCGGAAAGCAGUACAACAAAACCCAUACAAUGAAGAUAUACGACAGGGAUGCGAAGGUAGAGCUGAUAAAAACGUACAACACAUACAAACGGGGGAUGAAAAACACGUUUGUCGUCAAAGUGGUCACACAAGACAACAAACCAGUGGCCGAUAGCGGACCGCAACUCAAACUCAAAUACGGCUAUUCAUUGAAUGAGAGUGAAUGGAAAGUGUUAAUGUUGUCGCCAAUUAAUGGACUCAUUAAGUUUGAUGUGUUUACGCCCAGAGAUAUUGACCAAAUGGUGAUUAAAGCCGAAUAUAUGGGACACACGUAUGAUUUAGAAGUGCCUGCGAAGGCUAUGACCAGCGCCGGGCACUACUUGCAAGUGAUCCGCGCGGACACUACAGCCGACAUCGCUGUCAUCGGACAAGACGUAAAAUUCGUGGCGAAUGCGACCGAACCUAUCGUACGGCUUGUCUGCGAAGUGAUGGGUAGGCGAGACAUAGCGUGGGCUAAGAGUUUUGACAUUCCCACUAAUAUUACGGGCGGCUAUGAGUUUAGUGUCGCGACUGUGCCUCAAAUGGCGCCGUCGGCGAGGCUUUUGUGUCAUUACGUGCGUCCAGACAACCGGGAAGUGGUGGCCGACGCUAUCGACUUUGUGUUUUCGGCGCCGACCUUCACAGCAGUCGCCGCCGAAACCCGUCAGACUUUUGUCGACAUCAGUGCCGAGGAUGUGCUGAACGAACUGAAGGCCUACGACACCACUACCCCGAAGCCAGUCUAUGAUAGUCGAUACGGCGAGUCGUCGGCAACGGGUGACACGUUUGACGAGUCGGGCGUCGGUGUUAUGCAUAACGGGUACAUAUUUUUUGGAUGGCGCGAAUUGUUGGCUAAUUGGAUAAAGAAACGGACAAGUAAUGCCACCUUGUUAUGA